AUGGAUUCCAACAUCAAGCCAGUCCAGUCCGCCGAGAUUCCCGUCAUCUCGAGCCAUGUGGCCAAGCUCGUCAAAGCAAUCGAUGACGGCAAGACAUGCGACGAGAUCUUCGACACCCUGGCCCGCAUGGCUGACACAACUCGGGAGAACGAUCAAUACAUCCCGUCCAAGAGUCUUCGGACAGCUUUCGAAUCCGACGGCAGCAAUGGGAACCCUCUUCGGAUCCUGUUGCACACAAUUCCCCGGAAGCUCCUCAGAAGUCUGGCGCUAGGAUUGCUAGCGUAUGACUUCUACGACAAGAGCUCCGAGAACCACGAGAACCACUAUUCCACAGGUGGCCCCGGUACAUAUGCCAUCGGGCUGACGUGCGAGGGCCGCGGUGGAGCCUUCCUUUCCAGAAGAGAGAUUGUAGAACUGCGAACCUGCCUCAAGGAAUACUACUGUGGGUUCAAAGUCUGGCAAAGGCACGGUGACGCCUAUGGGACAAGCCAGCUUACCGGUGACGAGGCGAGGAGCUACCGGAUUUCCAUGCUCGUCGACGACUUCUUUCGGACGGAGCCGUGGGAUGAAGCGAGCGGCGACAUGCCACGGCCAGCUCUCUGCCAAGGCGCUCAACAGUCGGACAAGAACGCGAGGUCAACGGAUAAUCUCGCUUGGCUUCUCAGCAUGCUAAAGAAGCGUGUGGUCUUGGGCUACGACGGCGAUGUCCACCAGAUAUCGAGCCCGAUACAGAUCGGAUGCUCGGUUGAGAUGGACAAGCGCUGGUUCCAACACGACCCGCUCAAGUCUAACCUGGUGCAGUCAUCGAAGCUUCUCAAGCUCAUGGUGGGUGGCAUGAAGUAUAUGGGCUUGAAGCCCCAGGUUUGUGUCAUCCCCAUCAUGAAAACUUGGCUCGACGAGCAACUCCCGCUGUCCGGGAUUCUGGGGACAGUCAUUGCCAGCUCAUACGUGACGCAAGCCGGGCUUAAUGUCGUGGCUCCUGGGGCGAACACGUCCAAGGUCAAGGAGAAUCGCCGUGGCGUCCUCCAAGAGAACAAAGAGGAGGUCUACUUGGACAAGCCAUUCUUCAGCGAGAACCGCCAGAUCACUCUCAAUAGUCGCUCAGAGGACAGGACUCUGAAGCAGGCUAUUGAGAGGUAUGAUAAGGGUAAGCUUUCGGUCGACAAGCUCAAAGCAUUGGCGCAGAAGCGUGAUGAGAUCGAAGGUGACAUCCACCUCAAGAGGCUCCAGCUUGAGCGGCGUCUGAAGCACCUCGACGAUGCCGCAGCCCUCGUAGACGAGUCCAAGGAGACACUUGCUGUAGGCAGAAGGCUUCUUGGUCAAGAUGAGUCGAGUGACUCAGAGCCAUGA